UGGGAAUGAAUUAUGUAAUGGCUGCCAAGUCAUGUUUUUACAAGAUGACAUAAUAUGUUUAUUGUUGUGCAAAAUGCCUCGUCUAUACUUCAAAUAAAUUGGUGAUGAUACAUAUAUCAACUUUACAAUAUGCUGUCUACUUUGAGGACGAUAGCUGGACCUAGAAACCUCUUGGUUUUACAAAGAAAUAGGAUAUUUGGUCCUUGUGUGUCAUCAAGACAUUUUAAUUCAAAUAAAAUUGGUCAGUUCUUAACAUGUUCAAAACCACCCAAAGGUUUUGAGAAAUUCUUUCCCAAUGCCUCCAAAACCCCUAAGAGGAGUCCAAAACAAGAAUCAUCCAGUGGGAAAGAAGGGAACUCAGGGGGUAGUGGUGGAGCUCCUAAAAAACCUCCAGGAAAUGGCAAAGAAUGGUGGAGAGAUAUUUUUGAUAAUCCACAGCAAUAUCUAUGGUUGGCCAUAGCAUCUGGUGUUGGUAUUGGAUGGUUAAUGUUAAGUUCUGGUGGUUAUUCACGUGAAAUAAACUGGCAAGAGUUUAGAACAAACUAUUUAGCAAAAGGAGAGGUUGAAAAGCUUGUAGUGGUUAACAAAAGUUUUGUACGAGUCUAUCUUAAGGGAGAUCCAUAUAACAGUUCAAUUGCAUUCAACAUUGGAAGUGUGGAAAAUUUUGAGCGACAUUUGGAAGAAGUUCAGAAAGAAAUGGGAAUAGAUUCAUCCCAAUGGGUUCCAGUGACAUAUUCUAUGGAAUUUGAAUGGAUGAAACAACUUUUCCGUUUAACGCCAACCAUUUUAAUCAUUGGUGCCUUCCUUUACUUCACUCGUCGUGUCUCAAAUGUUUCUCGAAGACCUGGGGGUAUUUUUGGCAUGGAUGAAUCAAAAGCGAAGUUCUAUAAUAAAGAAACAAACGUAAAAUUUAGAUUUAACGACGUCGCUGGUUGUGAGGAGGCAAAACUUGAAGUUAUGGAGUUCGUAAAUUUCUUAAAAAAUCCCCAACAAUAUCAUGAUUUAGGAGCGAGAAUCCCAAAGGGAGCAAUACUUACAGGACCUCCGGGUACUGGAAAGACUCUCCUUGCCAAAGCAGUCGCUGGUGAAUCCGGAGUUCCAUUCUUGAGUAUAUCAGGCUCAGAAUUCCUGGAAAUGUUCGUAGGUGUUGGUCCUGCGAGGGUGCGUGAUCUCUUCGCUCAAGCUCGCAAGAAUUCCCCAUGUAUCAUUUUUAUCGAUGAGAUUGAUGGUGUAGGAAGAGCUCGCGGAAAAGGUGGUCAGUUUGGUGGUCACGAUGAGCGUGAAAAUACCUUGAAUCAACUUCUGGUUGAAAUGGAUGGUUUUACGUCAACAACAAAUGUAGUUGUUCUGGCAGGAACGAAUCGUGCAGACGUUCUGGAUCCAGCUUUACUUCGCCCUGGUCGUUUUGAUCGUCAGAUAAUGUUACCUCCCCCUGAUAUAAAAGGAAGAUUGUCCAUUUUUAAAGUUCAUUUGAAACCCCUAAAAACAGACGUUGAUAUUGAGACAGUUGGCAGAAGAAUGGCGGCGUUGACACCUGGUUUUACGGGUGCUGAUAUUGCCAAUGUCUGCAACGAGGCUGCUCUGAUUGCAGCCAGAUUUCUAUCACCGAAGGUUGAGUUGAAGCAUUUUGAACAAGCAAUUGAAAGAGUGAUUGCUGGUCUGGAAAAGAAGACCCAGGUUUUACAACCAGAAGAGAAAAAGACAGUCGCAUAUCACGAAGCAGGUCACGCGGUUGCUGGUUGGUUCUUGGAACACGCUGAUCCCUUGUUGAAGGUCUCAAUAAUUCCGCGAGGGAAAGGUCUGGGGUACGCACAGUAUUUACCUAAAGAACAAUAUCUUUAUACCAAGGAACAGCUGCUUGAUCGUAUGUGUAUGACGUUGGGUGGACGUGUCUCUGAGGAGAUUUUCUUUGGUAGAAUAACAACCGGUGCACAAGAUGAUUUAUCAAAAGUCACCAAAAGUGCUUAUGCUCAGGUUGCAACAUUCGGUAUGAAUGACAGUAUUGGUAAUGUUUCGUUUGAAAUGCCUCGUGAUGGUGAACCAACAUUUGAUAAACCGUACAGUGAGGCAACAGCUCAGUUAAUAGAUGAACAAGUACGAGAGCUCAUUAAGGCAGCUCAUGAGAGAACAACACAACUUUUAGAAUCACAUAAAGACGAUGUUGAAAAGGUUGCACAGAGAUUGCUAAGCCAAGAAGUGCUAAGUCGUGAGGACAUGGUCGAACUUCUUGGACCCAGGCCGUUCAAGGAAAGCACUACCUAUGAAGAGUUUGUUGAAGGUACCGGAUCAGACGUGGAGGAUACCAGCUUACCCGAGGGACUAAAGGGAUUAGAGGAAGAUGAUUCAGAAUAUGAUGAAGGCAAACCUUUAGCGACAUAAUGGGAUGCUGUUUAAACUACAAUAAGAUUACCUUAUAUUAAAGUGUUUGUAAAUUAA